AUGCCGACGUUCCGAGACGAUGUCCGACAGGAGGCGCCCGCGGACGCGGCGGCGAUCGAGUUCACGAAGAUCCCGUUCGCCCCGGCGUCGACGCCGCGGAAGAUUCGAUCGGUGAAGUUUUCGUUGAUGUCGAGCUCGGAGAUCGCGCGCGCGGGGGUGUUUCACGUGUUUGAACGGAAUCUGUAUCAGAUGCCGCAGCGAACGCCGAUGGUGAAUGGAAUAUUGGAUCCGAGGAUGGGAACGACGGAUAAGCGCGGGGGAGAGUGCGCGACGUGUCGAGGGAGCAUGGUAGAUUGCGCGGGACACUUUGGGUACAUCAAGCUCGAGCUGCCGGUGUUUCACAUCGGGUACUUUAAGAACAUCAUCAGCGUGUUGCAGUGCGUGUGCAAGGGAUGCUCGAGGAUUCUGUUGAACGAGGAUGAUCAAGCGACUUUUCUGAAGCGGUACAGAAAUCCGAGGUUAGAGCUCACGCAGCGGCGGUUGCUGUACAAGAAGUUGACGGAGAAGUGCAAGAGGUGCCGAAUUUGUCCACACUGCGGCGAUUACAACGGGGUCACGAAGCGCGCCGGGCAGACGCUGAAGAUUGUGCACGAGAAGUACAGUAAGAAUCCAGCGUUGUUGGAGGAAUUCUUGAAGGAGUUUGAGACGGCUCUGAAGUACAACGAACAGCUGCGGGCAUCGCUGCCAAAGGUGCAGGACGACUUGAACCCAAUUCGUGUACUCAGUAUCUUACAGCGCAUAACCGAUCAAGACUGCGAGCUAUUAGACAUCGCUGAUCGCCCGGAACACUUGCUUCUGACACAUCUUCCCGUGCCUCCGUGCUGUAUUCGACCGUCGGUUGAGAUGGAUGGCGUCUCUGGGUCAAAUGAGGAUGACAUCACGAUGAAACUGAUUCAAAUUAUUGAAGUGAACAACGUUUUGAGGCAAGGUUUGGAGAAAGGUCUCACAAUCAAUAACCUCAUGGAGAAUUGGGACUUUUUGCAGAUCCAGUGCGCGAUGUACAUCAACAGUGAGCUUCCAGGACUUUCGCUGCAAUAUCAAGGCCCGGGUAAACCGCUUCGCGGCUUUGUGCAGAGACUCAAGGGUAAGCAAGGUCGCUUCCGCGGUAACUUGAGCGGGAAACGUGUCGAUUUCAGCGCGCGGACGGUGAUUUCUCCCGAUCCGAACCUUGGAAUCGACGAGGUCGGUAUUCCCAUUUACAUAGCGAAGACGAUGACGUAUCCUGAAGUCGUCAAUAGGCACAACAUCGCGAUGUUACGAGAGCGCGUGCGGAACGGCAUGGCGGAGCAUCCUGGCGCAAACUUCGUGAAGUUUGCAUCCGGCGGUAUGCAGUAUCUCAAGUAUGGUGAUCGACGAAAGAUUGCUAGCGAGUUACGUUUCGGAGACAUCGUGGAGAGACAUUUACACGAUGGUGAUAUUCUGUUGUUCAAUCGUCAGCCGAGUUUGCACAAGAUGUCCAUCAUGGCGCAUAAGGCUCGCGUGAUGCCCUGUAGGACGCUUAGACUGAACGAGUGCGUGUGUACGCCGUACAACGCCGAUUUCGACGGUGACGAGAUGAACAUUCACUGUCCACAAACCGAAGAAGCGCGCGCCGAAGCGAUGCAGCUCAUGGGCGUGCAUCACAACCUCUGCACGCCCAAGAACGGCGAGAUUCUCGUCGCCGCGACUCAAGACUUUUUGACCGCUGCGUUCUUGCUCACGGCCAAGGAUGUGUUCUUCGAUCGCUCUCAAGUCGGGCAGCUUGUAGCUUACAUGGGUGACGCUCUCCUUUCCGUCGACCUGCCGACGCCAGCCAUCGUGAAGCCGAUCGAGAUGUGGACAGGCAAGCAGAUCUUUGGUAUGCUCAUUCGUCCGAAGGCAUCUGAUCAAAUUUUCGUCAAUCUCGAGGUUGCCGAAAAACUGUACAACAAGAAGGACAAAACGAUGUGCCCGGACGAUGGUUAUGUCUGCAUCCAGAAUAGUGAGAUCAUGGCGGGACGACUUGGCAAGGCUACGUUAGGAAGCGGAAACAAAAAUGGGUUGUUUUACGUGCUCAACAUAGAGUACGGACCAGUUGCGGCGGCCGAUGCGAUGAAUAGGCUCGCCAAGCUCAGCGCGAGAUGGUUGGGAACACGCGGUUUCAGCAUCGGCAUUGACGACGUCUCACCAGCGGCCGAGUUGGAAGCUGAGAAACAACGACGCAUCGAAGAUGGAUACGCAACGUGCGACCAACGCAUUGCAUCGUACGAGAAAGGCACUCUGCCGCUGCAAGCAGGUUGCAAUGCAGAAGAAACGCUGGAAGCGGAGGUUUUGGGUGUGCUGUCGUCUGUGCGUGAAGCGGCGGGUAAUGCGUGCUUACAGGCGUUGCCUCGACACAACGCUCCACUCAUCAUGGCACUCUGUGGUAGUAAGGGUAGCACUAUCAACAUCUCUCAGAUGGUUGCGUGCGUCGGUCAGCAGGCUGUGAGUGGUUCUCGUCCGCCGGAUGGGUUUGCACACCGCUCUCUUCCUCAUUUUAAACGUGGGGAGAAGACGCCGGCGGCUAAGGGUUUCGUUGCGAACUCCUUCUACUCCGGCAUGCGCCCAACGGAGUUCUUCUUUCACACCAUGGCCGGUCGUGAGGGUCUUGUUGAUACGGCUGUGAAGACAGCAGAGACUGGUUACAUGUCUCGUCGUUUAAUGAAGGCGUUGGAGGAUCUGUCGCUUUCGUAUGACGGCACCGUACGAAACUCCAUGGGAGGCAUCGUCCAGUUACGUUAUGGCGACGACGGUAUGGAGCCUACACUCAUGGAGAGCGAGAAUGCGCAACCCAUCGAGUUCAAGCGAUGUCUGAUGAACGUCAAAGGUUUGCAUCCCGCUCGAGGCGAGGCGCCUGUGACGAAAGCUGUACUGCACGCCGCGUUGGCAAAGUUCAAGAAAGAAAACAAACUGUUGAAUACUGGCGACGAAGCCGACGGGCAAGAGCUCGUUUACGGCGGAGGAAUCUCCGAGUUAUUCUUCCGUCAAAUGAGUGAGUUUAUCACUUCGGAGAUAGAAUCGCCUUCAGAUGGCGGUGCUGUUAUUUCUGAGUCUCAGCUGAAUACGUUUUUGGAUGUGUGCAUGCAGAAGUACAAUGCGAAGCGCAUCGAACCCGGGACCGCUGUCGGCGCUGUCGGCGCUCAAUCCAUCGGUGAACCGGGUACGCAGAUGACGCUCAAGACGUUCCACUUUGCUGGAGUUGCUUCGAUGAACAUCACUCUCGGCGUUCCGCGCAUCAAGGAAAUCAUCAACGCUUCAAAGAGCAUAAGUACUCCGAUCAUCUCUGCAUCGCUCAUGAGCGAUCGAGAUGUAAAAGCUGCGCGCGUCGUCAAGGGACGAGUCGAAAAGACAACUCUGGGCGAGAUUUGCUCGGACGCGGGCAUCGUCGUUCGAUCACACGAAGUGUACCUGGAGCUCGUGUUGGACUUGGAAGCCAUAAACCAGCUGCAGCUUGACGUCACCAUACACACCGCUCGAACCGCCGUGCUUGCGGCGCCAAAGCUCAAGCUGAAACCGCAGCACGUUUUAAUUGCGGGACCCAACGUCUUACACGUGUUGCCGACUGAAGAAUCUCUUGUCGAAGGAAAAGCUUUGUUCGCGCUGCAACAUAUGCGGCUCGCCAUCCCAGGAGUCAUCGUUCAAGGUAUUCCCUCCGUCGGUCGUGCGGUCAUCAACGACAAGGGUGAUGGCACUUACAACCUUCUCGUGGAAGGUAUCAACUUGCAAGCUGUUAUGGGCAUCGAUGGCGUCAAGGGCAUCGAAACGACGACGAACAAUGUGAUGGAGUGCGAGCGCACAUUGGGCAUUGAAGCUGCUCGAGCGUGCAUCAUCAAGGAAAUCGAUGACACGAUGAGAGCUCACGGCAUGUCGAUCGAUAACCGUCACUCAAUGCUCCUCGCAGAUGUGAUGACGUACAAGGGUGAAGUGCUUGGGAUCACUCGAUUCGGUAUGGCGAAGAUGAAGGACUCUGUUCUAAUGCUCGCCUCGUUCGAGAAGACGACGGAUCACCUCUUUGACGCCGCGUUACACGGCCGCACUGAUUACAUCGACGGUGUCUCCGAGUGUAUUAUUAUGGGAAUUCCGAUGCCGAUCGGUACAGGCAUGUUCCGUUUGCAGCAUCGCGCGAUGAAGCUUGAGGUGGACAUCGACAUGGAAAGGGAGGAUGGUACUGAAAAGCUCAUCACGACUGUCGUGCCAGAAGAGCUUGAAGAGUUGCCAAAGAGACCACCCUUGCUAUUGCAAGGUGGAUACUGCCGCCCCAUCGAGGCGUAA